GUGAAGUUUUAUCUUGUAACGCUUGACUGGUCACGACAACCAGAAGGGAAGGUUGCAUACACAAGUUAACUAAGUAUCGGUGAACACAAUACGGGAUAUUUAUAAUACAUUAAGUCGUUUGAGCGCAACAUGUCGUCCUAUUUCGGCCCAGACACUCCAGAUGUCGUUAUAAAGAGCCUGUUUAAAAAGUACGAUACGGACAACAGCGGCUGCAUCGGCCGUAAGGAGCUUGCUAGUUUACUGGAAGACGACCUCGGUUUGACGAGCGACCAAGCGGACGUGUACGUACAUCUACUGGACAAAGACGGCAGCGCGAAAAUCAGCCCUGACGAAUUCUGCGCCUGGCUUCGAAGCAACGAGCGAUUCAGUAUAGUGAGCGACACAUCACGCUUCUAUGCGGUUAGCAAAGCCGUGGAGAUGUUCCAAAAAUAUGAUAAGGAUGGCUCGCAGUGUAUUAGUUGUGAAGAGUUCAAAGGCUUGUUGACCGAGCUGGGUCACAAUAUUGACUUUGAAGCCGCAUUCAAAGCCAUCGAUAAGGACGGAAACGGAAAAGUAGCGUUUCCGGAGUUCUUGAAGUGGCUUAACUGGGUUCCGUUAGAUUGACACCGUCUGUAAUAAUGAAAUGUAACGUGUGUUCACGUAAGAUCUAGGUUCACAAAGUGGGAACCAGAUCAGUCUCGUUUUAUAAUUAAAUAAAUCGAUGGUAUUUUUUCUGACUUGUAAAUAAUUUUUGAAGCAUAUUUUUCGUUUUGUGGGAAUUACAUAUUUGUUAAUUGAUUAGGACUUUUAACUUUUAUAUUUUUGUUUUUGACCAACAUAGGAAAGAGAAUCAAACCAAGCAGGGCGCCGUGACUUCCUACUUCACUACGGGUUUUAACCUAUUUUGGUGAUAUAUAUGAAAGUAUGAACCAUUUGUAUAUGCAUUGAGUAACAAAGGUUUUAGUCCA